AUGCGAUUAUUACUGUUACUUUUAUCAACCAUCGUCUCAGCUUUUGCUUACAUGAAUGAGCCCUAUCCACCAUUUAUUAUCACUUCACCAAAACCUGGGCAACAAAUAAAACGAGGAGACACUGUCAAUGUGACCUGGGAGCUUUCACCUGGUGUACGAUUUCCAUUAUAUGGAUAUGCAGCAUCUCGUACUGCACGAACCGUUGCCGGUUUAUUACCACCUGAUGCAUCCAAACACGAGCGCUACACCCAAAACAUUGAAACGCAUUUACAAUUCACUGACUAUGAAUACGAAUGGCUGGUGGACGAUGCUGUGACGCCCGGCACGUAUCAACUCGGGAUUGGAUUUUAUUAUCACGAGGUCUCUCCAACCUUCCACAUUAUGCCGUGA